AUGUCUCAAGCAGUUGCGCGACUGGCCAACCUCAAGGUUGGUCCUGCGCAGUCCGAACCCAGUGGUGAUUUCGGUCUCAUUGGCCUUGCGGUCAUGGGCCAGAACCUGAUUCUGAAUGCUGCCGAUCACGGCUUCACCGUCGUUGCCUUCAACCGAACCGUUUCCAAGGUCGACCGCUUCCUUGAGAACGAGGCCAAGGGCAAGUCAAUCGUUGGUGCCCACUCCAUCGAAGAGUUCGUCUCCAAGCUCAAGACGCCCCGCCGUAUCAUGCUUUUGGUCAUGGCCGGCCCUGCCGUCGACGACUUCAUUGAGAAACUGCUUCCUUUCGUCGAGAAGGGCGACAUCAUCAUUGACGGAGGAAACUCCCACUACCCCGACAGCAACCGCCGAACCAAGUACCUUGCUGAGAAGGGUCUCCGAUUCGUCGGAACCGGGGUUUCCGGUGGUGAAGAAGGUGCCCGUUACGGUCCUUCCCUGAUGCCUGGUGGCAACGAAGAGGCUUGGCCUUUCAUCAAGGACGUCUUCCAAAGCAUUGCCGCCAAGUCUGAUGGUGAGCCUUGCUGUGACUGGGUCGGUGACGAGGGUGCUGGCCACUACGUCAAGAUGGUCCACAACGGCAUUGAAUACGGUGACAUGCAAUUGAUCUGCGAGGCCUACGACGUUAUGAAGCGUGGUCUCGGUUUGAGCUACAAGGAGAUGGGUGACGUCUUUGCGGAAUGGAACACCGGCGUCCUCGACUCCUUCUUGAUUGAGAUCACUCGCGAUGUCCUACGCUACAACGACGACGAUGGCACCCCACUUGUCGAGAAGAUCCUGGACUCUGCUGGUCAGAAAGGUACUGGCAAGUGGACUGCCAUCAAUGCCCUCGACCUCGGUAUGCCUGUCACCUUGAUUGGUGAGGCGGUCUUCGCUCGCUGCUUGAGCUCCUUGAAGGAGGAGCGUGGCCGUGCUGCCAAACUUCUCAGCGGACCAUCCCCAUCUUUCACUGGAGACAAGGCACAGUUCCUCAAGAACCUCGAGCAGGCCUUGUAUGCUUCCAAGAUCAUCUCGUAUGCGCAAGGUUUCAUGCUGAUGCAAACCGCUGCCAAACAAUACGGCUGGAAACUCAACAAGCCAUCCAUCGCUCUCAUGUGGCGUGGUGGUUGCAUCAUUCGAUCUGUCUUCCUAAAGGAUAUCACUGCAGCUUACCGCGCGGAGCCUGAGCUUGAGAACCUGUUGUUCAAUAGCUUCUUCAACAAGGCCAUCCACGCCGCUCAAGAAGGCUGGAGAGAUGUGGUUGCAUUCUCUGUCAAGGCCGGUAUCCCCACCCCAGCAUUCAGCACUGCACUUGCCUUCUUCGACGGCUACCGCACCAAGGACUUGCCCGCCAAUCUCCUCCAGGCCCAACGUGACUAUUUUGGAGCUCACACCUUCCAGGUCAAGCCUGAGUAUGCCAACGACAAAUACAAGGUCGGUGGUUAUACUCACGUCAACUGGACCGGUCGUGGUGGAAAUGUCUCUGCUUCCACCUAUACCGCAUAA